AUGGACAUGGAGAGAUCUCAGCAGCAGCAGCAGUCUCCGCCGCCGCCGCCGCCACCGUCGCCGUCGUCCUCCUCGUCCUCCGUCUCCGCGGACACCGUCCUCCUCCCUCCGGGAAAGCGGCGGAGGGCAGCGGCGACGGCCAAGACGACGGCCAAGGCCUGUGCCAAGCCUAAGAGGGCCCGCAAGGACCCCGCCGCGGCUGAUCCUCCUCCCGCCGCCGCCGCCACCGGGAAGAGGAGCUCCGUCUACAGGGGAGUCACCAGGCACAGGUGGACGGGCAGGUUCGAGGCGCAUCUCUGGGACAAGCACUGCCUCGCCGCGCUCCACAACAAGAAGAAAGGCAGGCAAGGGGCGUAUGACAGCGAGGAGGCAGCUGCUCGUGCCUAUGACCUUGCAGCUCUCAAGUACUGGGGUCCUGAGACCCUGCUCAACUUCCCUGUGGAGGAUUACUCCAGCGAGAUGCCGGAGAUGGAGGGCGUGUCCCGGGAGGAGUACCUGGCCUCCCUCCGCCGCAGGAGCAGCGGCUUCUCCAGGGGCGUCUCCAAGUACAGAGGCGUCGCCAGGCAUCACCACAACGGGAGGUGGGAGGCACGGAUUGGGCGAGUCUUUGGGAACAAGUACCUCUACUUGGGAACAUUUGACACUCAAGAAGAGGCAGCCAAGGCCUAUGAUCUUGCGGCCAUUGAAUACCGAGGUGUCAAUGCUGUAACCAACUUCGAUAUUAGCUGCUACCUGGACCACCCACUGUUCCUGGCGCAGCUCCAACAGGAACCACAGGUGGUGCCAGCACUCAACCAAGAAGCUCAACAUGAUCAGAGCGAAACUGAAACUACAGCCCAAGAGUCUGUGUCAAGCGAAGAGAAGACACCGGAUGACAAUGCAGAACCUGAUGAGAAUGCAGAGCCUGAUGACAUCGCGGAGCCCCUCAUCACAGUCGACGACAGCAUCGAAGAGGGCUUAUGGAGCCCUUGCAUGGAUUAUGAGCUAGACACCAUGUCAAGAUCUAAUUUUGGCAGCUCGAUCAAUCUGAGCGAGUGGUUCACUGACGCAGACUUCGACAGCAACAUUGGAUGCCUGUUCGAUGGGUGUUCUGCAGUUGAUGAAGGCAGCAAGGAUGGUGUAGAUCUGGCAGAUUUCAGUCUGUUGGCAGAUUUCAGUCUAUUUGAAGCAGGUGAUGGUCAGCUGAAGGAUGUUCUUUCAGAUAUGGAAGAGGGAAUACAACCUCCAACAAUGAUCAGUGUGUGCAAUUGA